GUCUAGCGAGCGCGCACUCGCGUGUGUUCUCCGUGCUCGAGCGGCGGCGGUGAGCUAAGCAGCGGGAUGAAGAUGAUCUGAGCCAUCCGGCCACCGCGACGCUGUCUGCGGUGAAGAGGUCAUCUGAAGACCGGCCGGUGCUGAUGUGAGUGAACUUGGGUCGGGUCAUCUGCACUGGAAUGGACUGUGGCAAACAUGUGUGUUGCCAUGGUGAUUAUUCACACUAAAACACUGGACAAGAAGGCCGUCGAUGAUGUAACAUCCACAGAGUCUCUGCAGCUGCAUGAGUUACCAGCCAUGAGCCAGGGGACGGCCGUCUUCUCCUGUGGAAUCAUGGAAACGAGUCGGUGGGCCGAGGUCGGCAUGCAGCAGCGGCCCGUGGGCUCCAGUCUGGAGAGCCUGUGGGACGGCGCGGGGGAAGCACGCUCUUCUCGUGAGACGGGCGCCAUCAGCGGAUUGCUGCAUGAUCUGAGUCUGAGCGAAGGUGCGUCUCUCGUCAGCACCGCCCCGCCCAGCAAACGCCAGUGCCGCUCGCUGUCCUGCUCCGACGAACUGUCCGCCUGCCGGUCGCCGUGGCGGCCGCAGGGCUCACGGGUUUGGACGAGCGUGGAGAAGCGUCGAUGUCACAGCGGGGGAAGCGUCCAGCGCGGAGCGACCUCCUCUUUCAGCACGACGGGGUUUCCUGUGAUGCAGCGCAGCUCCAGCUUCAGUCUGCCCGCGCACACAAACCUGCUGGAGCCCUUCGGCCGCACCUUCUCCUUCAGCGCGUCCUCCGACACCCCUCAGCAGGCUCACUACCUCUCGCACGAGCAGAUCUGCCCGGUGGAAGCCCGUGGCCUGUCAGAGGCCAGCUCUCCAGACAGCACCCCUGAGAUGGAGCGACGGGGCGGACUGUCCCGCAGCCGCUCGCAACCCUGCGUCCACAACGACAAGAAGACCGGCGUGAAGCGCAGGAGACCGGCUGACAGCCACAAACAGAGACCUUCCCUGGACCUGCUCAAGAUGACACAGAAGCUGCAGGAUUUUCACAGCCUCAGCUGUCCGGGCUUCACUGCGGACGACUGCCCGGCGCACACCUUUACAAGUGGUGUCACAUCUGAACCGCCUCAGAACGCCAUCAUCCACCAAUCAGACGGCGGCUGGACAGGAGGGCGGACCAGCGGCAAGGAGCGUGAGUGUCUGUGGGCGGGGCUGUGCAGUGUGAAGGGGCGGGACGCGUUCCAGCUGGGCGGAGAACUGGACAUUGAACAGAUCGAGAGAAACUGAGCUCAGCCCAGCUCUGAUACUCCCAGAAUUCCCUGCUGUUGGAUUAUUAUGGGAUGGACGCUUCAGUAAGUGAACACGUGUAAUCGACUCAGGGUGACGCACAUGGAGGGUGUGUUCAUGAGAACAUGAUCUGCGCUGGGGAGCUUUUGUGUUGCAGAUGAGAACACGCACACACGCAUUUAUAUUCGUAAUGGGUUAGAGCGGCGUCAUACAUGAGGACAAACGCUGCCGGCUGCAGG